UCCGGACGCUUGGAGCGCGCCAUGGAGAUCCUGGAGGCUGUUAUUUCUCCGCACUCUUAACCUCCUCCUCCUCCUCUUCCUCCUCCUUCUUCUUCUUCUUCCUCUCAUGGUCUGAUAACGGAUACCUAGGUGUGAUCAUGGUUUAUUGAGGCGCUUUGCAGCGGUCAUGCACUGACUGAGCCCGGAUCCGAGGUGAGGUGAGGUGAGGUGAGUGCACUGCCAGGGCGUUGGCAUGGCCCAGGGAUGAAUGGCGAAGGGACGCCCGGCAGCCCGGAGCUCUCUUCGUGCCCGCUGCCUGACUGGAAGGAGUUCUGCGAGUUGCAUGCACGUGCCUCUGCUGCUGACUUCGCCCACAAGUUCCGUCAAUUUGUCACAGAGAACCCAUGCUACGACGCACCGGGAGCUGACGCCAGCUUCUCACGUCACUUUGCGCGACACUUCCUGGACUGCUUCACUGCUGCCCUAAAUCAGGCACAUCAAACCGGCUCACCUGGCGCUUCCUUAGCAUCCAAGUACGCAAUUGCACCCUUUGCAGGGAUUCAGGGUUGCCCGCUUCCAUCCUAUAACCACGAGCUUUGUCAGCGCCGGAAAGACACAGGUGCCUCCAGCGAAUCACUAGACAGCAUGGACAGCGGCGGGGGCGGAGCCUCUGCAAGCUCCACCCUUCAUGGACACAGGGUGACGGCGCUGGGCCAGUCCCGAAGCUCAGAGGAUGUUUCCAUGGGUCACUCUAAGGCCCGUUUCAAAAAGGGCUUUUCGUUAAGGAACAUGAGCUUAUGUGUUGUAGACGGUGUCAGAGAGAUAUGGCAACGGCGGGCACCUCCAGAGCUAGACACAGUGAGCACUGGAGUCAGGAAGUCAAAUGGAGCUGAGGCUGGUGGACACGAGCAUUGGAGCCAGAAGCUGCGGUUGGCGCGGGGUUUACAGGGUAACCGUGCCGAGCUACUGGAGAUCCAGAGGGAGGGUACUCUGCGUUACAUGGUGGCAGAUGAUACCAACUGUAUGGGCACUGCACAGUGGCAGAAGUGCAGGUUGCUGCUCAGGAAAACGAAAACCAGCUUGGAAGGUGGCGAGAAGUUCCUGCUUGAGUUUUUCGUACCACCAAAGUCGUCCAAGCCGAAAGUGAGCGUGCCUUUAUCCGCCAUCGUGGAGGUGAGGACCACGAUGCCCCUGGAGAUGCCUGACAAAGACAACACAUUUGUGCUAAAGGUGGAAAAUGGCGGCGAGUAUAUCUUGGAGACCAUCGACUCUCUUCAGAAGAACUCCUGGGUUGCUGACAUCCAGGACUGCAUAGAUCCUGGGGACAGCGGUGAUGACAUCGAGCUCGCGUCAUGUCCACACAGCCAACAGUCCAAAGAAUUCUCCAUGGUGGCCUCCUGCAGCUGUGAGCUCCUCUCUGAAGGUGUACACCGGGGCCCUGAGAGGUCAUGUGCCGCAGCUUUAGACCAUUACAGCACCCCUAGUGUCCGCUGCAGAGAACUGCCGUUCACACAGCACCCCUCUCAUGUGCCCUUAGAGCGCUUUCUGCAGCUGCCAGAUGCUCAAAGUACAAGCUCAUCAUCAGGUCCCUGCGAACCUUCCGCAGAGACAGAGGUGGCUGCCACUCUGAUUGGUUACCCAUGGUUCCAUGGGACUCUAUCACGCGUGCGAGCGGCUCAGCUGGUACUGGCGGGUGGAGCUCGAAGCCAUGGCCUGUUUGUGAUUCGUCAGAGCGAGACACGACCGGGAGAAUAUGUACUCACUUUUAACUUUCAAGGAAAAGCCAAGCAUCUGCGGUUGUCGUUGAAUGAAAACGGCCAGUGCCACGUGCAUCAUCUCUGGUUCCAGACGGUGUGUGACAUGCUGAGGCACUUCCACACUCACCCCAUCCCGCUGGAGUCCGGCGGGUCCGCUGACAUCACACUGCGUUCGUAUGUGCAGGUGCAGCGCAAUCCCUCGGAUGUUCCCAGCGUCGCAACGCCAUCACGGGAACCCAGCUGCCGGAGCGAGGCUGCUCAGCCCAGUCUUCAUUUUCCUGGAGCCUCGCAGCCUCCGGCAACUCCGGUGCAUGAUGCUCCCCUCUCCUCCAGCUCCUCUUCGUCACCCACGGCCCAUGGAGGUCUCCGGAGCCGGAGCAACAGCUCUGAAAGACUGCUAGAACUCAGUGCUGGCACCACAGAGGAGUAUAGUGAUAAUGAUGGCACUCGGAGGACCAGAGCUGUAGAGAAUCAGUACUCAUUUUAUUGAAAUUCAGCAAGAGCUGCUCUUAAGAUACAACUUGUAAGGUUUGCUAUUCGUUACCAGCCUUGUAUUAAAUACAAUAUUUCCUAAGUAAGGGAUAUUCAAACAUAUCUAAAACUGAAAAAAGUGGAGUUGGUUGGAGUUUCAGCGACACACUCUUUAAGGAUACACUGCAUUUUCUACAACUUCUGGUUUCUUUCAGGUGACAAGGCUGUUCACCUAGAAAAGAAGUAAGAUAUAUUUCUUCUUAAUGAACAGAAAUAUUGUACAUUUAAUUGUGCUUUGCAGCCUAAUACUCCAAGCAAAGCAGGUUUGUCGGUUACUGAAUAGUGCUUUAGAACAGGUCCUAAAAGCACCUUUUAAAGACUUUCUACAUCAGUUUACAACACAGCCUUCAAAUUCGAGAUGGGAAGUUUUUAAAUCUCAGAAAUAUAUAUAGAUAAAUACGUCUUAAGACAUAAAUCACACAAUAGAUUCUGUGUUGUCUCCUUUUUCACUUUUACAACAAGAAAAGCCAUAUCUGAAUGCGGAAGGAAGUUGUUUAGAAUCCCUGUGAGGACUCGCUGCAUGCCAUGGCUGUAGCCUUAGAGAGAGAGGAAGCGUUUAAAUUGUUUAGGACAAAAUGGAGACAAAGAUAUGAGAAUAUCAUAAAUCCAUUUGUUUUGAAAUAUGUGUUAGGGUCGUUCAAGACAAACCAGGACUUUUCAUGGUGCAGAACAUCAGUUAUGAGAGUAAAAACUACCUUUAUUUCUAUAUUAUAUACUAUACUGUAUAAUCCCCUGCUACACUUAAUGCUUAUUGAAAAUAACUCCAGUGGGCUCUGAGCCGACCCUAGCCAGGAUCGCCAUUGGCAUUCUUCAAAACGUUUGCACAGUUUAAAUGUUUAACUGUGGUUAAGAGUCUCAUCACCGUGCUUGUGCGUGAAGUCUUCCAGAAAUGUCAAUCGAUUUCAUGCCUUCGUUCAUGAAAAAGUCCUGGUUUGACUUGAACAACCCCUGAUAGAAAAACGUAAGAAAUCCAAAACAAUGAACCAUUCUCAAAAGCAAAAGUAAAAUGCUGUUUUGUCACAUGUGUAGUACCCUUUAAAGCCUUAAGCUUGUUAAGGAAUAAAUCGUAAGUAUGGUAUUUUUUUUUUGUCUUUUAGGGGAAAUUUUUGAUCAACACCCAUCCAUUAAAGCAGAAAUGUGUUCUUUGUUGGAUUUUUCGAGUCCUAAUCUCUGAACACAGAUUCCAAAUAUAUUCCUUUUAUUUUCUGAACUUGAGGUACUCUUCCUCUAUGCAAAGGUAUUACUCAAUAUAGUCUCUAUUAAAGCAAUGCAUUUGCUCCAACUCUCAAAUCCUCUUUGAAAAUCCCCUUUGUCGCAGUCGAUGGUCUCCCACUGCGCUACAGAGCAUAUACAGUGAUGACACCAUUGACACAAGCAACGUGCACAGAUGAAAGAAGAUGGGGAAACCAAGAUUGAAGACAAACCACGCAGUGGGAGACCAUCAACUGCGACAAAGGGGAUUUUCAAAGAGGAUUCGAGAGAUGGGUUUAACGGCGGUGCAAAUGCAUGGCUCGUGAUGAAGACUAUAUCGAGUAUUUCUCAAGUACAGAGUAAUAGUAACUUUACCACCUUCCUAUGUCAUCAGUUAAUAAAGAAGUUGUGCCCACUUUUGCAAUACUUUCAGUAGAGCCGUCGUCAUAGCCCAUAAUAUUGCAAUGAGGAAAAGUCAAUAUUUUAAAAAAUCUAAAUAUUGUGUAUAAUCAUGACUUGUGUCCAUUUUAGUUACAGCUUUCGAAAAAAAAUGUGGAAAAGAUUGAACGGGUGUCAAUACUUAUGCAUGGCAUGAUAUAUUUUAAUGGUCCCAAAAAAAAACAACAAUUGGGAAAACAUUGAAAUAUCAAAUAAACGUACAGUAUAAGAAAAAUAAAUGACAAAUGAUAGAUUUCCAAACAUGGAUCCCAUAAAAAAAGAAACUGUGCUAUAAGUUGGAGUCUCUUUUCCACCAAGAGCUCUGAAACACCAAGGACUUACAGGAUCUUUACUUUUCUUCUCCAUGAUGAUUAUAGGUUUACAGUACAAUACACUGUUGUCUAUCUCAUCCCCAAAAGUGAAAGUGAUAACUUGGCUGCUGUUCAACUACCCAGACGCUCCCUUCCUUAAUGUUUUACAUCCUUUCUUUCCAUUCCCUCUUUUUGUUUUUGUUUUUUGACAUGGCAUGUGUGUCGCUCCUUCCCUGCGGACUUUGAUAUCAUACGUUCCUUAGAGGAAGCUGUCUUGUUGAUACAUCUGCCAGCGGUUAGCCUCCCCCAAGCCGUUUCCUGCAGAUGCCUCUUGCUCCCACCUUUUUUUUCUUUCUUUUUUCGAAAAAGGGCUUUUAAGAAGUUAAAAGCUGCUUAGUGAAAUCAAUUUCCCAAGAGCACUCCACUUCUGUUUGUGAAGCUGUUGAUAGGACGUUCCGGACAUCCUGUCUUUUGGGUUUUAUGGAGAUAGCUUCCCACAACUUCGACGUGGGGUGAAGGUCGGUCUCCAGAAUUAAAUAGUUGGAAAUUAACCCGGGAAAAAAAAACGUAAAAAAAAAAAAAAAAACACGCUGCUUUCUGGUUUGUAAAAUGGCAUAGCAUUGAUAUAUAAAUAGCUAAUACAAACACUAACAGAUUUCUUAGUGAGCUGAUGCAAAUGCUGGCACGUUUUUGCCUGCGAGUGUAAUAGUUCUCCGUUAAAGCCUCAUGUCACGUUGUACAUAAUGGUAAAAGGCUAGAGUAAUUUCCUACUAAUAUACAGUUCUCUGUACGCAAAGGGAUUGUAAUUCUGUAAAGACACUAUAUCAGCGCUAGAAGAAUAACAGAAGUAAUUAGCUAAUUAAUAAGUUCUAGGGUUUUUUUUUUGGAGCAUUGAUUUUUUUAUGGAUAUUCGUAUCAUCAUUGCUUAAUCGAUAUUUUGCUUAAAUAAUGUAAAGAAUAACCCUUUUUUCCUUACAACUGGAGUAUUUAUUUCCUAAUUAAACUCAUUUAUUCAUUAAGAAAUCAAAUAACAAUUCGUCUUUAAAAUAGUAAUACGAGCGGUGUUCAAGUCAAACAGGGCCUAUUGAAUUUUUUUGAAAAAGAGCCACAAUUAGAUUAGCGGUUCGAAUCAUGUCUGAAACGCUGGCCUCUCAGGAACUCCCUUAAUGGCCCAAAUAUGUGGAAAUAGCUUGGAGCAAGGUCAGAACUCGCAGUCGAGUUUCUGUAACGUGGAAUGGUUGUGUGUACAGUGUGACACAGACAGAUACUUCUCUUUGGCAAGCUGGAAUUUCUCUUGCUGAAUGACCGCAAUGGGCUCCGAGCCACCUUGCCCGGGAUGUUCAGCCUUCUUUAGAACAUUCACACCUUUUAAAUGUUUUACCGUGGCUAGGAACGUGUUCCUGAAGUCUUCUGUAAAUGUCAAUCGGUUUUACGCCUUCAAUCUUCCAUCUGCUCAUGAGAUGGCAAGUCCUGUUUUGACUUGAACGCACCUUGUAAAAUCCGGUAGCCAAAUACACACAUAAAUCAUCUUCAUUUAGUACACUUCUACUAAUGUUUUAAAAAAAAUAAAAAGACCAUAAUGUUUAAACAACAUUGUGCGCCUUGAAUUUUGAGUUCCUCUUACCACCCCAAAUGCCCCACUCACCCCACUCACCCCACACCCCCGAAAUAGAAGCACCUGAAAGCUUACAGGUUUACCUCAGACUGUUAUAAAUCCCUGACAAGGGAGACUCCUAAAUUGUCUUCUGUGAUUCUCCUCACAAAAGCAUUGACCAUAUCAACACGUUUAAUCCAUGUAUACGGACUGUCUUCCAUACAAGUCCUUGCGUACACUCUUACUACCGAACAACGUAUUAGAAAAAGAGCUUUAAUAUACUGUAAUCCGUGCAGCUGAACCUUUUCUCAACAAUGCUGUUUAACUGAAUUCAUCAACACUCCUUCUGACCAAUCAGAAACGAGGAUUCUUACAGUGCUGUGCGUACGUUUAUUCAGGAAUUCGACACUUGCACACACUUUUGUUUAAAAGUAGGCAGACAGGGAGAAAAAUUCACAGAGCCACGUGUGCCAAUCUGAAUAGUAUUUUUUUGAAACCUAUUUAUUUCUCAGCCGCUGUACAUAUAAUUUUCAUAGAGAGAUUUUUAGUUGUGUAUUUUCACAUGUUUUUUUUUAUGUAUCCAAAUAAAUUCAUGUGUAAUUUCAGUUUGCUCGUGCUAAUUACUGGUUUUCUGUUUAUUCCUUUUCUUUUGUUUUUGGCUGAGUUUUUAGUGCAAUUUUGUACAAAGUGAUGUACUUGACAUACUACUUUAUAUUUCUGUGAAUAAAAACGGA